CUCGAAAACCCGCCUAACGGUUCUCCUCCAUGCAGUUUUAUCCGUUAAAAAGAAAACACAGAAAAGCAAUGAAACUCUACUCUUCGUCUUCUUCAUCUUCCUCAGCUCCCUCUGCAAACCCUAAUCUUACCCUCUUCUCCCCAUCUCAAAACCCUAAAAGAUUUCAAUUUAGAACAAUUCAAUUCAAAACUCACCACUCCUCACAUUCCUUGUUAGCUGUCCCUCCAUGUUCAUACUCAAAAAACGUUUCUGUUUCUUCCACAUUUGUCGAUCAAGCUCCAAAAUCACCUGUCCCGGAAGAAGAAGUGGGGGAUCCUUCGGAUGGGAAGAAAAAGUCAGAAUCUUUCAAGAAAGUCUUGGUUGUUCGCCGGCCGUCGACGGAUGUUUCCGAUGAGGAAUCAUCCGUCAUUGAUGUGGGUCUUGAGGAGUUUGCUAAAAAGGUGCGGAUUUUUGAGCCGUAUGUGAGAGUGGAGUCGGGUGGAGCUCCGGAGAAGAGGCCACUCUCUGUGAACUUGGACUUGGCCUUGUACAGAGCCAAGCUUUUGGUGAUGAAGUAUAGGUACGAUGAUGCUGAGAAGAUACUGGAGAAGUGUUUGUACUAUUGGCCGGAAGAUGGGAGGCCAUAUGUGAUGUUGGGGAAGAUAUUGAGCAGGCAAUCGAAAAUGGCAGAAGCUAGAGCUGUGUAUGAGAGAGGUUGCCAGGCUACUCAAGGGGAAAAUCCCUACAUUUGGCAGUGCUGGGCUGUACUGGAGAAUAGGAUGGGAAAUAUAAGAAAGGCAAGAGAACUAUUUGAUGCAGCCACAGUUGCUGAUAAGAGACACGUGGGGGCCUGGCAUGCAUGGGCAGUUCUAGAGCUAGAACAAGGAAAUGUCAAGAAGGCAAGGCAACUUCUUGCUAAAGGUCUCAAGCUGUGUGGGGGAAAUGAGUAUAUCUACCAAACACUUGCUUUGCUGGAAGCUAAAGCAAAUCGCUAUGAUCAGGCUCGAUACUUCUUCAGAAAGGCCACAAAAUGUAAUCCAAAAAGUUGUCCCAGUUGGCUUGAAUGGGCACAAUUAGAGGUACAGCAAGAAAACUACCGUGCUGCCAGGUUACUAUUUGAGAAAGCAGUACAGGCAAGUCCAAAGAAUAGGUUUGCAUGGCAAUCAUGGGGAACUUUUGAAGCUAAUAUGGGGAAUAUUGACAUUGGAAGAAAACUUUUAAAGAUAGGUCAUGUAGUUAAUCCAAGAGACUCUGUUAUCCUUCAGUCGCUUGCAUUAUUGGAAUAUAGACACUCAACUGCAAAUAUUGCCCGAGUUUUGUUCAGAAGAGCUGCUGAACUGGACCCAAACCACCAGCCAGUGUGGAUGGCUUGGGGAUGGAUGGAAUGGAAGGAAGGAAAUAUUGCGACUGCAAGGGAAUAUUAUCAAAGACUACUAUCAAUUGACUCAACUAGUGAAAAUGCUGUUCGAUGUCUACAGGCAUGGGGUGUUCUGGAACAAAGAGUGGGUAACUUUUCAGCAGCUCGAAGAUUAUUUAGAUCCUCUAUCAGUCUAGAUUCUGAGAAUUAUGUAACAUGGAAGACAUGGGCAGCAAUGGAGGAAGAUCAAGGAAAUUUUGUUCGUGCUGAUGAAAUCCGUAAGCUAUAUUCCCAGCAGCGUACAGAAGUUGUGGAUGAUCCUUCAUGGGCUAUUGGACUUUCAGAUGCAAUUGACCCGGCACUAAACACCAUAAAGAAAUUACUGAACUUGGACCAAAAUUCAAGUAAGAAAGCACAGGAACCUCCCAAGAAUGUUGAAGGAGGUAACGAAAACAGCAUUGAUGAACAGUCAGUGAAUUCAUCUACCCGUCAUCAUGAUGGCAGUUACACACAAAAUGAUGGAAGUAGAUUCAAUUUGGAUGCUUUCAUUCGGGAAAGGUUAUCAUUGGAUCCAUCUAAGCUGGAUGAUCUGUUUGAAACCUCUUUAAAUCCGGCUCCUAAGAAAGUUAAAGCUCCAAGAAGGAUUCAGAGAUUAGACAAACUGGAAACUAUAUUUGGUCAAUUACUCCAAAGAAAUUAAAAUCUAACUUGUAUAGGUAUAGUGUACAAUGUUUACCCAUACAAGCAGUUGUAAAUGUCAAUUUGCAUGUAUUUCUCUGAACAGGCAUCCAUAUAUCUGAGGUUCUGGAACUGAGAUUUUGCUUUAUGACCAUGGCUUAUCUAUGUAAGAAUCAUUGUGCUAGACAAGAAGAAUAGGUUAUGUAUUAACUGAAGCUUAUAUGUAUGAAUAUUUGAUUGCAAAAGAUUAGCAUCUGA